UAAGGUACGGUUUCCAAGCUGCGACUAGUCGUUGCGGCCAGCCGCAACGACCAGCCGCAACGAUUGCGUAAUUGACUGGUCUAUAAAUAAAUGCCUAAUUGUGGUUUCCAAUGUGCGACCGACGUCAGCGUGUCGACAAUAGUCGUUGCGUUCAACGAUCGUACUGCCUUGGAAGCAGUGUAUUGCGUGCGCCGCAUUGCGAUUUUAUUCUAAACGAAUUUAUUACUUAUAUAUUUUUUUACCAAAAUUUUUUCAAUCAUAAAAUGUCGAAAAUAUCGAAAACGACGAAAACUCUAUUCUCUAAUAUUGAGGAUGAGCUGUUAGUUGAAGAAGUUAGUAAAAACAGUGUGUUAUAUGACAGUUCGCACGAGAAUCAUAAAGAUAUUAAUGUCAAAGAUGUUAUUUGGAAUAAUAUUUCUUCCGUUGUUGGGCAAUGUACUGAAGACUGCAAAAAACGUUGGCGAAAUAUACGUGAUACGUACAUGAGAAAUAAAAAAAAACUUGGGACUGGGUCGUCAGCAUUAUCAAAAAAGAAAUGGGCUUUGGCUGACAAUUUAACAUUCCUAAAUAACGUAGAAUAUGAAAGAAAUACAACAACAAAUGUUAAUCCAAAUGAUACAACAACAAAUGAUACAACAAUAAUUUAUGAUAAUGCAAAUGAUAUAACAAAUGCGAAUGAUUCUUCAAUGUGUUUCUUAAGUGAAGAAAGUAGUGAGUUAUUUGAAGGAGAUAAUACUACUGAAAAAUCCACUAUUGACUCAAAUUUUAACGAGUUUCAAAAACCAAAUAAAAAAUUUAAAUCAAAGUACAACAAAAAAGAUUUUUCAAAACAGCAAUCGGAAAGAGCUGUUAUUAUUCAAAAUUUACAGAAACAAAAUGAAACGAUUUUAAAUAAAGUGACCAACAAUGACGAAACCGAUUUAUUUUUCCAAAGUAUAGCGGCUAUGGUGAAAAAACUACCCCCUAAAGGCACAAGCGAGGCAAGACUUCAAAUUUUAAAAACCGUAUCUGAACUCGAAGAAAAGUAUUUGAUUAAUCCUUAUAUACCUACUCCAGGGGCAUUUUCAACUACCACUGUUUCAGAAUAUGAUUACAACAUAGCCCAUUCAAGUUCUACAUCAUCGUGUCAAAGUUUGUCAUCAAACUCACAAGGAUUUGCACCAUUUGUAUAUGGAAAUAAUUUUUCAAAUCAACAAUAAUUUUAAUUUUUUUUAAUAUUGUUUUAUAACAAAAGUACAAAUGUUAUUUUUAAAGCCAAAA